AUGGGCAGGAGACAGGAUACGAAAAAGCGGGAGGCACCGAAAGCUUCGUCAAAGAAGAAAGAUGCCACUGGAGGCUACGGCAAAACCGAGCGUCUGUCGGCAGAUGCUCUUGGCUUCCAGAUAAGGACCGGUCCAGAUGCUCCGAGCAAGACCGGUGCGAGCAUGGAUAUCGAGGUCAGUGAGAUCGUUGUCUUUGCUGGGAAACAGGAGCUCUUGUACAAUGCCACGCUGAGACUGGCUCAGGGCCACAAGUACGGGCUUAUCGGUCGCAACGGUGUUGGCAAGAGUACGCUGCUCCGGGCCAUGGCAGAGCGUGAUGGACGCGUGCCGAUCCCACAGCACUUCAUGAUUAUGCAUGUCGAACAGGAAAUCAAAGGCGAUGACACUGCAGUUCUGCAGAGUGUGCUGCAGGCUGACCAGGAGCGUGAGUGGCUGCUCAAGGUGGAGCAGGAGUUGCUCGAAAAGGAGGACGAUGGGAGCGGCCAGGAGCCGAAGGUGGGCGGUGUCGGAUUGAUGGAGGUUUACGAAAGGUUGGAAGAGCUGGGGAACGAUGAUGCCGAGGCUCGAGCGGCUGUAAUCUUGGCCGGGCUUGGCUUCUCGGGGGAGGACCAGCAGCGGCCGACUAGAGAGUUCAGCGGGGGCUGGCGCAUGCGAAUUGCACUGGCGCAAUCGCUUUUUGUGCAGCCAGAUUUGCUCCUCUUGGACGAGCCGACGAACCACUUGGACGUCCACGCGGUGACCUGGCUCGAGGAAUUUUUGAAGACCUGGGAGAAGACCGUCGUGGUCGUUUCUCAUGAUAGGUGCUUCUUGAACAAUACUACAUCCAACACUGUCUUUCUGCACCGCAAGAGGUUAUGGUACUAUGGUGGCAAUUACGAGACGCUAUUUCCCAGCAGCAGCAAAGGAAAGUCCGAGCCUUGCAAAUUCCUGGUCCUAGUCGUGAGAUCUGUGCUCUUGGCACGACGCCUCCUGCAGGUGGCGAACUUGAAGCAGUUCAUCCAACGCUUCGGGCAAGGCCACAAAAAGAUGGCCAAGCAGGCAUCGCUUCGACCUUGGGCAUACUGUCCUCUCAUGACACGGAUUGGACGGGUUCAAGCACUCUGCUAUACUCUGCUCCUCCUCCUUGCAGCCGUGACUCUCAAAGAGCUGCCUGGCCUGGGGCCAGGGACACUGAGACGAGGAGAAAUGAGCCGGGCACCACGCCUGUUGCGAAUCCGGCCCGUGCUGGCUCUUACCUCUGUGGCUGCGGCGCCGCUUGUGGUCCGUCGAUUCGACAGGUCUUUCGCUCGCUGCGAGAAUCGCGCUGAGCAGUCGCUGGACCAAUUCUUGAAGAGCAGCAAGGCGCAGCAGUGGAUCGAGCUCAACAGCGACAAGUCGCAAAGCUGUUUAGUUAACACUGAUUCUGUGGACUGGAUUGAGACCGCAGCGGGUGGAGUUCGGCGCAAGAUGAUAGAAAGGCUUGGUGGAGAAGUGGCUAGAGCCACAACAGUCGUCAACUUUCAGCCCAAUGCUUCCUUCCCUGCACAUGUGCAUAGGGGCGGAGAGGAGUUCCUGGUGUUACAGGGCGAUUGGUACGACGACUGGGCCACUCAGCCGGCCUACACGUAUGUCCGCAACUACAUCGGUUCCAAGCAUACACCCCGAAUUGGGCCGAAAGGCUGCACCAUCUUGGUCAAGCUCUGCCAGAUGUCCGAGCAGCACAAGGAGCCCGACCACUCUCAGUGGGAUAUUUCCGAGUCCAACACAAACUGGAGGGUUUGCUCCUCGAUCAGUGGGCGACGGCUGCUGAAUGUUUUCGAGUCCCCUCUAGAGGAGGUCCACUUUGAGCGUUGGCAGCCGAAUCAAUCAGGAGACGUUGAUAUACCGGAGACCGGCGAGGAGGUCUUCGUGAUCGAGGGCUCCUUCGCUGAUGAGUUGGGCGAGCACCGAACAUGGUCCUGGAGCCGAAAUGCUGGCGACAAGCAGCGCCUGAAGCGCACCUCCGGCCCACAGGGCUGUCUGCUCUACGUGAAAUCGCGGCACCUGAGAUCGCCUGAGGUGGAUAUCGCCGCGAUGCAGACUCCUGCGUCCUCAUGA